CCGGGCCGGUGCGACGCCGUGAGCGCGGGGCGGGGGGGACGGGCCGGGCGAGCCGGGGCCGCGCCGCCUCUGCCGCAGCCGCAGCGCCGGAGCCGAGAGCCGCCAGCGGGCGGGCGGGGCCCGCCGGACGCACAGGUGAAGCAGGAGCCACAGAAAGAAGACCUUGUGGUUUGCAAUCAUGCCAUUCCCCUUUGGCAAGUCCCACAAGUCUCCUGCAGACAUAGUGAAGAACCUGAAGGAGAGCAUGGCAGUUCUAGAAAAACAAGACAUCUCUGACAAAAAGGCAGAAAAGGCGACGGAGGAGGUCUCAAAAAACCUUGUUGCCAUGAAAGAAAUCUUGUAUGGCACAAAUGAAAAGGAACCCCAAACAGAAGCUGUGGCACAGCUUGCUCAGGAGCUAUACAACAGUGGUCUUCUUAGUACCCUAGUAGCUGACUUGCAGCUCAUUGAUUUUGAGGGCAAGAAAGAUGUUGCGCAAAUUUUCAACAACAUUCUCAGAAGACAAAUUGGUACAAGAACUCCCACAGUUGAAUACAUCUGCACUCAACAGAAUAUCUUAUUCAUGCUAUUAAAAGGGUACGAAUCUCCAGAAAUUGCUCUGAACUGUGGGAUAAUGCUUAGGGAAUGCAUCCGGCACGAGCCACUAGCUAAAAUCAUCUUGUGGUCAGAGCAGUUCUACGACUUCUUCAGAUACGUGGAGAUGUCGACGUUUGACAUCGCGUCCGAUGCAUUCGCCACCUUCAAGGAUUUGCUUACAAGACACAAGUUGUUAAGUGCAGAAUUUUUGGAACAACAUUACGAUAGGUUCUUCAGUGAAUAUGAGAAGUUACUUCAUUCAGAAAAUUAUGUGACAAAGAGACAGUCACUUAAGCUUCUCGGUGAAUUGUUACUGGACAGACACAACUUCACAAUUAUGACAAAGUACAUCAGUAAACCUGAGAACCUCAAACUAAUGAUGAACCUUCUACGAGACAAGAGUCGUAACAUUCAGUUUGAGGCCUUCCAUGUGUUCAAGGUGUUUGUAGCCAAUCCUAACAAGACACAGCCUAUAUUAGACAUCCUUCUAAAGAACCAGACCAAACUUAUUGAGUUCCUCAGCAAGUUUCAGAAUGACAGGACCGAGGAUGAACAAUUUAAUGAUGAGAAGACCUAUUUAGUUAAACAGAUCAGGGAUUUGAAGAGACCAGCACAGCAAGAAGCUUAAACUCCAAUAAACCUUUAAAAUAUUAAACCCAAAUUCAGCAUUUGCUGUUAGAUAUUCAGCAUCAGGCACUCUUAUCGAUUCAUGAGGAACAUUACUGCUAAUCUGCUGUUCAGUGAACGGUUUUUGUUUUUCUCUUUUCAUUUUUAGUCCAAGUUGAGAAACAUAGCUGCUGCUUUCUUGCACAAUGUGGACUUUCUUGAUAUUUGUGUCAUUUCAGAAUUCAAAGACACUGCUUGUUUUAGGAGUCCUGAAAAGAAAGAUUCUAGGUUCGUGAAAGCAAACAUAUAGAUACUAGUUUGGUCUAGGAGAGAAGGUAUUCAUGUAGUUAUGUAACAGGUUGCAUGCUUGCAAAUCUGAAUAAAUCUGUAUGUUUGCACUUAACCUUGUUUGAGAUAAUGAGCACAAUGUGACCUGUGCAUACCUGACACCAUAGUAUAAGAUUAUAUGCCUUGAUUUAAAACAAAAAAAUGUGCAGUGCUUUAUUUGUAAUCAAAGGGGAAAUGUAUCUAAGAUGUGAGCUUAUUGGGAUAAACAGUUGUCUUGCAAAUAAACUGAUAUUGAAACUUA